AUGAAGGAAGUCGAAAAGGUGAUGGUACGAUUAAACAAUUUAGACAACCCUAGAUAUAUCUCUUGGAAGCUAGAUACUAUGGAAGGAUAUAGGAAAAAGUAUUAUUAUGUAAUACUUGAGCUAAGCUCGCCAACAAUAACUCAACAAGUGACAGUAUUACCACCACCAACUACGACACCACCACAGCAAAUUGUCAUCAUAACAGGAAAUGCCGCAACAUCUCCACUAAGCGAUUAUGCACAAACAACUCAAAUAAUUUCAAUUGACGCUUCGCAGAAACAACUUCCACCUCUACCUCCACCAAAAUAUUAA